AUGAGGCUUGUCAUUAUGAAAGACUUGACAUUUACUGGGGACGAGCCUGCCGUGAAAACACACCGACCCAGGAUCGACUCCACCAGAGACUUCCAGAGCGAGGCUUUGAACUUCGAGGCUGUCCCAGAUUUUCAUGUGAUCAGGGAUGACGUAGUUUCCGGGAUGGAACUCUCGUGUUUAGGAGUAAAUAAUUCAGAAACCACUCCCAGUCAAGGUGUUUGUAAUGUAUGUUUUGUUGAUGAUGAUAAUACAAGCUCUCAUGCUGACUCAAAAACGAAAGUAGAUCUUGAACAGUUACACAUUUUUAGCAACAACAAUAACAACGACAAUGGUAGUAUUUAUCAAGAUAAUAUGUCUGGAAUUUGUAUACCAAAUAGCACGACACCACAAACUUGUUCCGAAAAUAACACCAGCGACAGCGACAUUUCCAACCCAGGUUGUUCGAAUUAUAACUGCGACGCCAACAAGAAUAAUCAAAACGACAUUCGCCGACGUCACGAAAAUGGACAUUUGCUUCUAGGCCACAGUGUGUCGUCUUACAUCGACCUCCACCCCCACGGGUUAUCCAACCCGCUGGAACCCGCCCCUAACGACGACAAACCAGGCCAGCAGCUUGACUCUGGUAUCUGCAGCGAGGCAACAUCCGCCGUGGAACACUUCAAUAACAUCAACGACGACUCGGAACUCAAAAGAUCGGCGUCUGAGAGUUCAUUACAACUCGCGCUGGCUCUAGAACAAUGCAAAGACGUGUUCUUAAACGCGUUGAGAUUGCAAGAAACGUUUCGGAUGAAUUCACUACCUCCUAAUGAAAUCCAAAAUCAUGAACUUAACCGAAACGAACUUUUAAGCAAAUCUUCAUUGAACGCUAUAUGCGUGUAUCCCCAAGUUACUAUCCUCACUCAAGUAAAAGACGCGCAGAGCAGUAUAGAUCUGGAGAAAGCCCAACCUGUACGUGUAGAGCGUCAUGGAUCCUACCAAAAACGUGACAGCGUUCCUGACGACAGGCGCUUCCCGCCCAACCGGAAACUUGAAAGAGGCAUCAGUAAGCAGAAGCGGAAAAAGAACAACGAAAGACUGCUAAAAAACGAAGCCUGUCGUGAAACUCUCUGCGCUAAAUACACUUCCUGCCGCUGGGUUUUAGCGUACAUGUGUUUCCUUGCGAGAUUCGUGCAGACCGCGCUCAGACAGUGUAUGGGAAUUGCCGUUGUUGGCAUGACACUAAAGACAACGACAGUUGUUCAAAAAUCGGAAAAUUCCACUCAGGAAAAUAGCAAUUUUACGUCCCAGAAUAGUUCAACAAACAUCUCAUUUGAUGGGCUUGUUACUUUCAAUGAAACUCUUACGCACCAGGAAUUUGAAUGGAGUUCUGUGUUUGAGGGAAUUCUAUUGGCAUCGUUUAACAUCGGUUCCAUCAUCACCCCCAUCAUUGUUGGUUACCUGACUACAAGGUGA